CGGUAGCCGUGCACCCCACGGAGGCGCUCGCUGUAAGCAAAGCAUCCAGCUGAGCUCGGCGGAGGGAGCGUGCGUGGGAGACGGGAGCAGCAGGGUGAUGAAGGGUUUGGAGACCACUGCACGUCUGCAAGAACUCCACCCACGCUGGAGAGUGGAGGCUCAUCCGCGCUGCGCAUCCUCCAGAGCAGCACUGCAGGCUGGCGCUGAGGGGAGCGCAGGUUUCUGCUGUGAUUUCCCCCCACCCCACCCCCUGCCCGGCGACACAGCCGGCUCCCUGCGCCCUCCCCACACUGUCUGGUUGGUCGGGGGGCUCCGGGGGCUGGAGAAGCCCGGCCGGUGCUGGGGCACUGCAGGCAGACGGAGGACAGGGAAGGGGUUGAGCUCCCAGCAGAGCUCCCUCAUGCCCACAGGGGUGUCCUGGGGGUGCCGGGGGGGUUCUGGGCAGGGCCGUGGUGUCUGCUUCCCAAGCAGCACCGGCUUGCCCUGCCCAGUGCUGCAGGGGGGCUCCCACACCCCAUGCUGUGGGCACUGGCCCAAGGGUGCCUGCUCCCAUCCCCGAGCCCAGCAGCGCCGUGCCGAGCACACGGCGAGGCUGUGGCUGUGGUUGGGCCCAGCGAGGUCUCAUCUCUCCCCCAGGCUUCCUCUUCCUGCUCUCCAGCCGGUUGUUUCGCCUCCCCCGUCACUUCUCCCUCCCCGGGAGGAUGUGUGCUGCGGACAUGGGAGGACGGGCUAAGAGGGCAGCUGGCGCCUGGCCCUGCACCCCAACCAGCCGGCCGGGACAGCGGCCGUGCCGGCUGCAGCAGCGAGGAUGAGAACCUGACAAAGUGGGGCUUCUCCGUUCCGGGAAGGAGAGCGGUUAGUUAGCCCACAGUUGCUGCUUUCAAGUCUUGCAGGUGCUCCUGGGACUGCGACAUAAUCUGGUUUAGAGUUUAUUCCUGUUUUACCUCCCCCGUAGGAUUCCUCUUUGUUGUAGCUGCAGAAAUAAUUAUAUUUAGAAGGACAUUCUUCGCUGCAGGAGGAAGCUGUGGCCUCCUCUGCUUCACUCGGGGGCAGCUCCCCCAGCGCUACCCUGCCCGGUGGUACCAGGCACCAAGGGCUACCCCGGGGGGGCUGCUCCAGGGGGGCUGCUCCAGGCCAUGCCCGCAGGGGAGCCCAGCCCAGGGGCGAUGCACGGCGCCCUCCAGCUCUGCUGGGGACACCGGAGCUGCAGCGGCAGCACGGCCGUGCCCAGCUCUCUCCAAGGCCAGGCAUGGGGAGCAGGGCUCGAGUGGGCUGCAUGCGUGUGGGCACCUCUCGAGGCUUGUUUCAGUCCUCACAAACCAGAGCGUCCAGGAUGCCCCCACGCUAGCGCGGGAUGCCCCAGGCUAAGCGUGUUUGGCAGCUGGCACUUCUGCUUUCCCCGCCUGCUGGUGGGCUGCUCCUGCUCCAGACCUGCCUGCCUCUUUAAGUGUCUCUCCCACUUCUCUCUCCCACUUUCUCUUUUGCUUUGUCUGAGAUCCUCCCUUAGCUGCUUUCCAGCCGCAUUGCCGACCGACCUGGGGCACAGCGGGCAGAGCCCUGGGGUCUGAGCGUCCCGCAGGCGAUGCCCCGCGCUCCCCCCCUGCGGCCGCUCCCCGGUGCUUUGCUGCCCCAGCUCCCCGGGUGGUUCGUGGCAGCCUGAAACCCCUGCCUGGCUGCCUCCUUAAACCCUGAGGACGAGCAGGUGCUGCCCGCUGCUGGGUGCAGCUUUCUCCUGGUUUUCACUGGGAAGUGCGCACGCCAUGACAGCAUAGGCAGCGGUGAGAAAUGGAUCGCUUCACCGAGUGUGGGACCCAGACGGACGCCGUGGUGGUGCUCUCCCUGGCACAGGCUGCGGUGCUGGGCUUGGUGUCUGAGAAUGAGCUGCUUGGGGCCACCGUCAGCCCCGCCGGCUUCUUCCCGGGGCUGGGAGGAGAACUGCCAGAGGCAGCCGGCGUGGAGCCCGAGGAGCCGGAGGGCGAGUACCGGCUGGAGGGCGACGGGCAGGCACCAGGGGACGGGCAGGAGGAGGAAGCCCUGGAGGCAGAGUCCUCCUUGGAGAAGCAUGCCCGGAGGAGGAAGCGGCCUCCUGUGAGGCUGGUGCCCAAGGUCAAGCGCGAGAAGGCCGAGGUGGAGGAAGAGGUGGUGUACGAAGUGUCCGUCCCCGGGGAAGACAAGGACGAGCUGCAGCACAAGCUCCCGCCCGCCUUCCCGGACCCCAGCCAGGAGAAGACGGUGCAGAGCAGCGCCGUGAAGAUGAUCGACCUCAGCUCCUUCAGCAGGAAGCCCCGCCGCCUGCGGCACCUGCGCCGGCACACGCGCCAGUCCACGGAGAGCUACGAGCCGCGCCACAGCGAGCCCGACCCGGCGGGCACGGCCGAGGGCAGCACCGCAGGCACCCCGCAGGCCGAGUGCGCCUUCGAGGCGGGCGCCCCGUCCCCCGGCGAGGUGGAGGCGCCCGCGUCCCCCGAGCAGGUGAAGAGCGAGCAGGGCUUCUCGUGGCAGGAGCCCGGGGAGCUCGAGGCGGACGCGGCGGGCGCCAACAGCGAGCGCAACAAGAAGGCGCAGCUGGACCGGCUGGACAUCAACGUGCAGAUCGACGACUCCUACCUGGUGGAGGCGGGGGACCGCCAGAAGCGCUGGCAGUGCCGCAUGUGCGAGAAGUCCUACACCUCCAAGUACAACCUGGUGACCCACAUCCUGGGCCACAACGGCAUCAAGCCCCACUCCUGCCCGCACUGCAACAAGCUCUUCAAGCAGCCCAGCCACCUGCAGACCCACCUGCUGACCCACCAGGGCACGCGGCCGCACAAGUGCGAGGUGUGCAGCAAGGCGUUCACGCAGACCAGCCACCUGAAGCGGCACAUGCUGCUGCACACCGACAUCAAGCCCUACAGCUGCCGCUUCUGCGGGAGGGGCUUCGCCUACCCCAGCGAGCUGAAGGCGCACGAGGUGAAGCACGAGAGUGGCCGCUGCCACGUCUGCGUGGAGUGCGGGCUGGACUUCUCCACGCUCACCCAGCUGAAGCGGCACCUCGCCACGCACCAGGGCCCCACGCUCUACCAGUGCCUGGAGUGCAGCAAGUCCUUCCACUACCGCAGCCAGCUGCAGAACCACAUGCUGAAGCACCAGAACGUCCGUCCCUUCGUCUGCACCGAGUGCGGCAUGGAGUUCAGCCAGAUCCACCACCUCAAGCAGCAUUCGCUCACCCACAAGGAGGCUCUGCUCGGGAUCCCCCCGUGCGCCCCGGCCGGCAGUGUGCAGCCGGAGCUGCCGCAGCAGAGCCCUGCCCGCGCCGCCUCGCCGCGCGCUCACCCCGUGCUGCAACCCCUCCAGGGCGUGAAGGAGUUCAAGUGCGAGGUGUGCGGGCGGGAGUUCACCCUGCAGGCCAACAUGAAGCGCCACAUGCUCAUACACACCAGCGUCCGUCCGUACCAGUGCCACAUCUGCUUCAAGACGUUUGUGCAGAAGCAGACGCUCAAGACCCACAUGAUUGUGCACUCACCGGUGAAGCCAUUCAAAUGCAAGGUUUGUGGGAAGUCCUUUAACCGCAUGUACAACCUGCUGGGCCACAUGCACCUGCACGCUGGGAGCAAGCCCUUCAAGUGUCCCUACUGCUCCAGCAAGUUCAACCUGAAGGGCAACCUGAGCCGGCACAUGAAGGUCAAGCACGGGGUGAUGGACAUCAGCCUGGACAGCCAAGACCCCAUGAUGGACCUGGCCGGGGCUGAGCACGCCGAGCUGGACGGCCAGCAGGAGAUGGAAGACUUCGAGGAGGAGAACUCUUACGGCUACGGAGGGGUCGGCAACCCCCCGGACGAGAGUGCACUGACGGAGCAGGCCAUGAAGGAGAUGGCGUACUACAACAUGUUGUAGCCAAGCGGGAGGGCGGCCGGCCCGCAGCAGGCUGGAGGAGGGCGGCCGCCGGCCUGCAGGGACCUGGUGUGGUAAGAGGAGCUGCUGCUGCCCACGGGCUCGGCGCCCAGGCAGACCCGCUGGAGAGGGGCAGGCUGCAGCCGGGCGGGCGAAGGCGGAGACGGGGAUGUCCUGCGAGCUGUGCUGGGUGGAGGCUGCAGGCGGCGCGGGGCAGCGGUCACUGCCUGCUGCGGGCACUCAGAGCAGGUGCCCCAAGCCGGCGAGGCUCCAGCAUGCUUUGAGUGCUGCAGAAGCCUGGGCAAGCUCUUGCCACCAAAUCUGUUCCCGCUCGGGGCCCCGUCUCCUCCAGCCGCCCCGGAGAAGGAGCACCCGAGCUGCACACAGCUCCCCUGCCCAGUGCCGUCCUGCCCGUCCUCCUGCCCUCCCACCUGCCCCGCUGCGGGGUGGGAAGCCAGGACCUUGCCCCAGUCUUCCCCUUGCCUGUAGCCCAGCAUCCAGCGUACUCCAAGCUGCGGGCAGGGGAGGGCACAUCCCAGAAGAUGACGAGCAUUAUUUGUGAUUCUACCUCCUGGGUCCUCCCCGCUCGGCUGGGCUGCGGGCCAGCUGCACCGCCAGCCCAGCACCCCACCGCGCGCCCAGCAGCGCAGGAGCCCCUCUGCCUGCUUGGAGCCAAGCAGGAAGGAGGCUGCGCUGCAGCUCCCGCUCAGUCCCCGUCUCCUCGGCAGGCGAGAGCAGUUCUGGUUGCUCUGGCAUCAGCUGCGAGCUGGCAAAGCUGUGGCAAGCCAAGAGAGGCCACAGGGCACAUACAAAACAGAAUAUUUUCUUACAAACUAAUUGCAAAGCUCAGUGGAAGCAGCAGCUCUGAGUAUAGAGCAGCUUUAGCGAGCGAUGUAUUUAAAGGAAGGCAAACCCUGUUCAACUUGAGCAAAUGAUGGUAUUUUGAAAGUAAUUUAUUUUUUUCAGAUGUGCCGCGUGGUUGGGUUUAUCUUUUCACUGAGUUCAGUUUCCUUCAACCAAUGUUCUUUGUAAACCUG